UUCAUAACACGAUAUUGUUUACGCACUGUCGUUUAUUGAAUGCUUGUGGUUACACGCGCAUUACGUUUGUUGUUAAGAGUGUAUAAACUAUCAAAACUUUACUGAAAAAAGUGUUUCUGUGCAUCAUGUCCGCUUGAACUUGAAAGUGCGACAGACUUGUAUUUUUUCCCGCUCUUUUUUGUUUGUUUCUUUUUUUUAUUCGAAUGAAAAUGUGCAAAGGAAUUUUGUGGUAAUCCUGUAAUUGAAACCAAGGAGUUUUUUCUACUAUCCAAUAAGAAUACCGGUGUCAUGCUGAUAUGACAUGAUGGCGACCACCACGAUGGUAGUUUCACCAUUAGCAACCCAACCAUCGCCCAAGAACAAGAGGCGACUGUUCGCCGAAGCCAGACAGAACAGUUUACAGAAGCUCAGCAUCAUAUUUGACCAUGGAAACAAAAAUGGCAAUGGUGGGGAGACGACAUGGUGUUUCAGCCAGGUGAAAGGCACCUUGGAGGACGAUGUGACUGAGGCUGACCUCAUCUCCUGCGUCGAGUUCAACCAUGACGGGGAACUGCUCGCCACCGGGGAUAAAGGGGGCAGAGUUGUUAUAUUUCAGAGAGACCCGGCAUCAAAGCAAUGCGUGCCGAAAAAGGGGGAGUACAAUGUGUACUCCACAUUUCAAUCACACGAGCCGGAAUUCGACUACCUCAAGUCUUUGGAAAUCGAGGAGAAAAUCAACAAGAUCCGGUGGCUGAAGCGCAAGAACCAGGCCCACUUCCUCCUCUCUACCAACGACAAGACCAUCAAAUUGUGGAAGGUUAGUCUUGUGUCCGAGCGUGACAAGCGCGUGACGGGGUACAACACGCGCGAGGAGGGCGGGCGGGCGCGGGAGCCGGCGCGCGUCACGCAGCUGCGCGUGCCCACCGUGCGGCCUGCCGAGCUCAUGGUCGAGGCCUCGCCUAGGAGGAUAUUCGCGAACGCCCACACUUACCACAUAAACUCAAUAUCGUUGAACUCUGAUCAAGAGACGUACCUGUCUGCGGACGAUCUUCGCAUCAAUCUGUGGCACUUGGAGAUCACGGACCAGAGCUUCAACAUCGUUGAUAUUAAGCCUGCUAACAUGGAGGAGCUUACUGAGGUGAUAACCGCGGCGGAGUUUCAUCCGACUGAAUGCAAUCUCUUUGUCUAUUCUAGUAGUAAGGGUACGAUAAGGCUGUGCGACAUGCGUGCGGCGGCGCUGUGCGACCGCCACGCCAAGCUGUUCGAGGAGCCCGAGGACCCCCACGCUAGGUCCUUCUUCUCCGAGAUCAUCUCCUCCAUCAGCGACGUCAAGCUCAGCAAUUCCGGCAGAUACAUGAUGUCACGCGACUACCUAGGUUUAAAAGUAUGGGAUCUUCGCAUGGAAACCAAGCCGGUGGAGACGUACCCAGUGCACGAGUAUCUACGCUCCAAGCUGUGCUCGCUGUACGAGAACGAUUGCAUCUUCGACAAGUUCGAGUGCUGCUGGAGUGGGGACGACCAGAGGCUCAUGACGGGCUCUUAUAAUGGAUUCUUUAGGAUAUUCGAGCGCGGCGGGUGCGGCGCGGGCGCGUGCGGCGCGGCGCGGCGCCAGGACCUCACGCUGGAGGCCGCGCGCGACGCCGCCGCCCGCCCGCGGCAACCGCUGCGGGCUAGGCGCGUCGCCACCACCGCCAAGAGGAAGAAGGACGAGAUAAGCGUAGACUGUCUGGACUUCAACAAGAAAAUCCUGCACACAGCAUGGCAUCCCCACGAGAGUAUAAUUGCAGUCGCUGCCACCAACAACCUGUUCAUAUUCCAAGACAAGUUCUAGCGGCCCCAUACCCGCCCGCCCGAAUUACGUCACUCUGUGCUUUGUUUGCGCAAUAUUACACUGUUACUGUACAAAUUUGCUGUUGGUUGAUAUUUUUAAGAGUUUUAGGAUCGAUUCUUGGUCUGUUUUAGCUGUGGGUUGCAAUUAUCGAUCUGGUUUGCUGUUUAGAGAUCGAAAUUUGACAUUAGCUUCUAGAAAUUGUGUUAAAUUUCAAUCUGUAAACGUAAAAGGAAUGGAUCGGUUAUUGUAAGCCACUGUUACUCGAUUAUUUGGUGAUCGAUUGGUAAUUAAUUGAUUGGUGAAUUCAAAAGCAUUUACUGUGAAAGAAAACAAUGAUAGUAAUACACUAAAUAGUUAGGAAAGUCAUCAAUCAACGGCAGAUUUGCACUAGUUACUAAUAAAUACGUACGUAGCACUCCGCCGCGUGGCCGUGCCGCUUCUGUGCGUUAUUAACUCUGUGUCACCGCAUGCGGGACUAUUAUAAUGUGCGUAUACGCAAUGAUAGCAAUAAUUUGUGUUGUAUGUGGACUCAACCGCAUGCGGGAACUAUGUCCGUACUAACGAUAUGUUUAAAAAAUUUAGAUGUAAAAACCCUCACAAAUACCCCUUUUGAAAAACACAAAACCGCAUGCUGGAAUAAUUCGUGUUAAUUUAGUUUUUUUCUGUUGACGAAUAACAAAUACUGUGCUCAAUGUUUUCUCCACAAGCUCAUUGUAAUACAUAGGCGAUGUAUCGAGUUCUCGGUGCGGGCGAUAUCGAUUAAAACUUGUUAUUUACAAGCGCGGCUUUCGUGACGUCACAUAUCGGAGCAUCACAAUUUGUUUAGCCGCCUUAGUGUUUAGCCCGAAUGAUGCUUUAAAACUGGACUUCAUUUAAAUAAUUGUAGUCUGAAGAAAUUUAGGUGUUGUGUAAUGUUUUUGAUUGCCAAACUCAGCCAUAAAUAAAUUACAAUUUGUUUUCCAUUUUUUUAUUAAAAAAAUAGAGCCACUUCACAAAGUAAUCAGAUAGUUUAAAAUUGUUCAGACCAUGUUUUUUUCUUAAUAACUUGAUUUUUUCAUUUCACUCGCAAUUUUCAAAAUUAUUGACAGGCAUCGACAUAUUUGCCAUAAAUAAAAAUAGAAUAUAGACUUGAAAUGUCUCAAAAGACUAAUUUCUGUCGAAAUGAUUUUGGCAAUCAAAAACACAAUAUCCCAUUUUUACGUACCACUUAAAACUUUAAAAUGUAAGUAAAAAAUACGAUAAUUUAGAGCAUCUAUGUACUGAAUCCGUCGUUUGCGCAUCUGCUUUAAAACUUAAGUCGUUGAAAGCCGCCCUUGUAUGUGCUGUGUUUUAUUGUAAUGGGGACAAUUUCUUUUCCAAAUGUUUUCUCAAAAAAGUGUGUUUAUUUGACCUGUAUUUUUCAAUUUACACAUUCAUCUUCAAAUUGUGAAGCAAGAAAAAUUUGUGAGAAAAAAAAUAUACGACAGCUUAAUACGCUUUUGAAAAGCAUUUCAUACUGAUACCAGUGAUUUCGUAAUAUCUUUGCCCCAUACAAUAUAAUCCAGCAUGUAGGUAGAUAGGAACUAAGUCCGUUAAUUCAAAUUUUCUGAGAAAAAAAGUAAUUUAUACGCUUUUCUUACUUAAGGUUCUAAGCGGUAAUUAAGUAUUUAUUGUUUAAACAUUAAAAACGAUCCUUUUUUAAGGACUGGACACAUCCUUUGUAUGAGAUUAGUUAGGUGUAACGAAUGUCUUGGCGUGGAUAAGCAAAUGUAUGAGAUCGGCAGACUAUGUAUGUCUCCAUUUUGUAUGAUAUGUAUGAGAUUUUCUUUGUCAGUGAUACGUUAAUAAUAAUUAUGUAACUUUCCCUGUAUCCAUUAUGUAGGAUUUUUAAUUUCUUGAGUAUAUUAUGAAGGUGACAAAUAAAAACUGUGGCCGGUUUGCAGUUUUUUUUUGUUUGAAAACAUCUUAUGAAUUUCGCAUUUUAAGUUAGAAAACAAACAAUAUAAUUUUGAAAUCCAUAAUUUAAAUAGACUUAACAGUUUUAUUAAAAAUCUAUGACAGUCUUGAUAAUCUCAUAAUAGUAAAUACGUACAUAUCUUUAUGAAUGAUCUCUCCACAAAUGUUCGGAUCUCAUACAUUAGUGCUGCGCUGAAAGAUCGGUCAACUCAAGGUAAUGUUAACCAGAAUGGUUUUACUUGAAGGAAUCCACCGCCAUAUUUGAAAGUCGGUUUGUACUGUCAUUGUGAGUUAUUGUAAAAAAGUCUAUUUGUUUGCUGUAGGAUUCGUUUUUAUUUUUGUGGAAUUUCUCAUUUGCCCUGAUAGACAUUGUAUCUGGUUAAAAGUAAAGUAAAAGGUGUCUUAUAAACAAAAAUGUCUGAGUGUUGUGUCGUGAGAUGCAACUUUGUCUAUCUAUUUUGUUAUUUGAUGCUCUUACUUAAAAUAGCUGGCUGUUUCUCAUAGUUUCAAUCAAAAAUCCUUGUUAAGUGAUUUCUCUAAAAGUCAGAUCAAUGAUUAAAUAACAUUUUCGAAUAAAAUUCUCAAUGUCAGUACAAAUGAGACAGCUAACAUACGUAAUUGAGACUUCUGCGUGAUAUAGCCGUUCAAAGUUGGGCAUUGUGCCUUACGCUCGAACUUAUUGAUAUAUUUUAUUUAUUACAAUAUUAUUAUGUAUUUUUCUAAGUUCUUUGUGAUUUGUUUUUAUUUUGCAAUCAUUGGCGAUUAACGUUUCUUGUUACGAUUAUGGUUUAAAGUUUUUUUUUUUAGUCUUGAUGAGUUUCUGUCGUGGUAUUUAUUUGAAGUAGUCCUCUUUUCACAUUCUGUAAUAAUUCUUUCUUGAUUUCGUAUUUUCAAUUAUUUCAUUCUUUAAAGUCAAGCUAAUAUUUCUUAUAGAUUUGUGAAUCUCAAAUAGCCUCAAUAUUUCACUUUUUUCAAACUUACAAAGACUUUUCAAAAUGAGUACCCACUAAACUCAUCAAGACUACCGUUAUUUGUAAUUUCGGCGUAUAUUACUUAUUGAAAAAUUGUGAUUUGAAGCUUAACAGUAUGGUUAUUAUAUAAUGUAAAUAUGUAGUGUUGAAUGGAGGCCUGAACAGAUAGACUAUGUCACAACUGUACAGUUAAUAUUAUAUGUAUUUUGUGUAAAGCUUGGAAAUUAUGUUCGACUAUACGAUAUGAAUUUGUUUUUAACUUGUGUCUUCGUUAACAGCUAGAUUAAUGUCUACACUUAUACAUAAUUUUGUAACUGAAAAUUUGUUUGAAUAAAUGUUAAUCGAGGCUUUAAACCAACGUUGCAUCGAGCGGAAUCUUCCUAGAAUACAUAAUUCUGUGUUAAUAGUUAAAUGGUAGUGUUAUGAAGCUAGCCACUUAUUGAGAUAAGUCGAAGUGUCGCUCGAUAGAACGUACCCGCGGUGUCUGUUUCUGCAAAACUUAUAAGUCUGCGUAAAGAUAUCAAUAGGAUUUUGAAAUUGAAACAAACCUUUACAAAAGGCCUAGUGUUAUGUCCAUAAAUCGUGCAUCGUGUGUUUAUCAUCUGUUUGUGAUCGCUAGUAUCCUGUACUUAUCUAAAUUUUUGUACAUAAGUCAUGUGUUCCGAUUGUUGUGAUAGUUUUGCAAAGCGGACCCCCAAUCAUUUGGUUCUGUACAUAGACACGUAACGGCUAACAUUAUUUUAAUAUUCGGGUGUAUUCAGGCCCUCUCCAUAAUCUCCACAACAUUUUUUUUAUGUUCAUCGAUUUGUAUAGGAACUGCGUUAAGUUUUAUUUUUAUUUCUUGUCGUCUAAUUUGUAAGGGGCCGGUCAAUUCCUUCUAGAUGUUCCGAUAAUAGCUGAACACGCUGUUUCGCUAUGUCAUUUAAAAAAUGUGUGAUAUUUAAAAAUAUGCCUAUGCAGCUUGAACUGUUUCCUCUUAUAAACGUCUGCAAAUAAUGCACAUUGUCUCAGCCGGUUGUAAGGGGAAGAGUGUUAUUUUUAAAAUAUAUAAUUGCUUCAAAAGCAAUAAAUAGUAUAGGAAUUGACUGUUCCCCGCGAGAUCCAAUGUAAAAUAUGUCGCUCUGUAGUAUAAAUGCAAAGACAUCUUGUAUAGAGUGUGGUUGCGAAGCGAGAAUGCGAGCGAAACAGGUGAUGAGUGAGCUAUAAUUUAAGUACUAGUUUAUAGUUAGGCGAAAACUGUGAAAACACAGAAUUAAAAAAUCAGUUUUUUUUUCCUGUAUCGAGGGAUCAACAGAUAAUGCUUGAUAAAUGUGAUAAUGUCGCAAUAAGCGGUGUGUUGUGGUCUGCGGACGAAAUGAUGAUGUGGAUAGACUUUUUUUUCUUUUUGAGGUACCGUUUUGCGCUGUGACGAACCUCGGACAGUUUGCUGACAACGAAACCUCGUGCUGUCAGUGUGAGCGCUCGCGUCCCUGCGCAGGCGCACGUUGCCAACUACAAGCUACCGGACCAAUGUUUACGUUAUAUCUUGGUACUGAAAACUUUGUUGGGCUCGUAAAUCUAAAUCUGUAGUUGAUAUUGAUAAUUUACUGGCGGUAAUUUCAUAACUACCAAAGCUAAGGGUUGCUGAUUCGGUAUUUCGCGGUAAAAAAGAGGGAGUAAAAUCAAUGUGCCAUGAUCUACGUCGGCUCGGUGGCGCGGGCGCUUCACACGGAAAGAGUUGUUGUUAAAUCAAAAUAUUUCCUAUAAAUAAUAAAAUUUUUAUAUCUGAA